AUGAACACUAUUUGGGAAGACGCCAAACUGUCUUUCCAUCUGAUCAAACUGAGUGUGAGUUGCUGGGGACGCAAACCGCACGUGGGGAUGCAGGCGUUGUUGCGACUGGACGUGGAGACGUUCCGGUCGGCGUUCUCGGUGGGCGAGUGUGCCGAUUCCAUGUCCGAACUCUGGCACGAGCAUGCUUGCCAGGCGCUGCCCGGCGCCGUCGCAACCCUCACCAAAAACGCCUGCAAAGGGUCCUUCCGUUCGCUUGAGGGAUUCCACCGAACCGUUCUCCUCCCCGCCUUCGCCGCGUGCUUUUGGCGCAGACGUCCCGCCACGCCCACGCGACUCGACGGCCGUGUCGAUCACGCCGGUUGGAGCGCCUGGCUCAGCAAUAUCGCCCAAACCGUUGCUCACGCGAUCAACCACGAAGGCGACGACGCCAUCCAUGAUCUGCUGAACUUUGACGCGCCGCAGUGUCUGACCCAGGUGCGCGGCGUGCGGCUACUGUGCAAAGUGUACGUCUUCGGACCCCCACUGUGCGUCGUGUUCCACGCACAGGAUGCACUCCGCGCCGAAGGCUGGGCGACGGUCGGCGAUGCUCUUGACGGCGCUCUCGGGUCCCUGCGCACUGGCACUGCCACCCGCCGCCUCGUGGCCGACCCGUACACCGAGCCGCGACUCGCCUUCUGCUGCCUCGUGGCCGGCGUCCCCGCACCGCGACACUCGCCCCUGCUCUUCUGGUUCUCGCGCUACGUCGCCUGGAACGGCUGCCUCGAACUCGCCGUCCGACUCCCCCCGGUCGGCAUCGGGGCAGGUGACAUACCCGCAAAGUCACUACCGUCAGGGGUCAGAGGUUAG